AUAGUUCCUAUUGGAGCUGAGGCUGUGCCAUCCUUCUGUCAUUUCUUACCAUGACCAACAUUUUUUCUUCCAAGACCUACUUCCCACUCUUUUUGCUUUUUCUUCUCUCUCUGGUGGCUACUUUCAUUUUUCCCCUCUCCUCUCUGAAUACUUACAGCUCCCAUAAGUAGGCACACAUGGGCCUUGUACUCAGGAAAAUGCUGUCCAGUGGGGUGUGCACAUCUAAUGUUCAGCUUCCCGGGAAGGUAGCCAUAGUCACUGGUGCUAACACAGGCAUUGGGAAGGAGACAGCUAAAGAUCUGGCCCAAAGAGGAGCCCGUGUGUAUUUAGCUUGCCGGGAUGUGGACAAGGGGGAACUGGCGGCUCGUGAGAUCCAAGCCGUCACAGGGAACAGUCAGGUCUUCGUACGGAAACUGGACCUAGCUGAUACCAAGUCUAUUCGAGCCUUUGCCAAAGACUUCUUAGCUGAGGAAAAGCAUCUGCACCUUCUCAUCAACAAUGCGGGCGUGAUGAUGUGCCCCUACUCGAAGACUGCAGACGGCUUUGAGAUGCACAUUGGCGUCAACCACCUGGGUCACUUCCUCCUGACCCAUUUGCUGCUAGAAAAGCUGAAGGAGUCGGCCCCAUCAAGGAUAGUCAACUUGUCUUCUUUGGGACACCAUCUGGGCAGGAUCCACUUCCAUAACCUGCAGGGGGAGAAGUUCUACAGUGCGGGUCUCGCGUACUGCCACAGCAAACUAGCCAACAUUCUCUUCACUAAGGAGCUGGCCAAGAGGCUGAAAGGUUCUGGAGUGACAACAUACUCUGUACACCCUGGCACAGUCCAUUCUGAAUUGACGCGGUACUCCUCUAUUAUGAGAUGGCUUUGGCAACUUUUCUUUGUUUUCAUCAAGACCCCUCAAGAGGGAGCUCAGACGAGCCUGUACUGUGCCCUGACAGAAGGUCUCGAGAGCCUAAGUGGCAGUCAUUUCAGUGAUUGCCAGUUGGCAUGGGUCUCUUACCAAGGUCGCAAUGAGAUAAUAGCCAGGCGGCUGUGGGAUGUCAGCUGUGACCUGCUGGGCCUCCCAGUGGAUUGGUAAGUGGUGGUUUGGACUCAAAAGAAGAUUGGAGGAGAUGAUGAUUAUCCUUCAAAGUGGCCAAAACCUUGAACCUGAAGAGCGAAGAACUUCAAGCCUUUCCUGCUUGGCAUCCAGUUAAAUCCUAGUACACUGCCAGGUUCCUCGAAACCCCUUGAGUUUGUAUUGACUUAUUUUGUUCCUGCUCCUGCCAGCGUUUCUAGUGGUAUCACUAAGACAGAGGACCUUCAUGUGACCUACACAGCUCCUAUUUUCCUUUGGAAACUCCCCCUAACCAGGAGCAUGAAAGCCCUAUGAAGAUUGGUACAUGACAAUGUGGAUUAGAUGGAGCUCCUCCGAGCCGACCAUCCUCUCCUUGAAGAACUCCAUUGUAACCUCAGCUGAACCUCAGGAGUCCCGGAGCCUGGCUCAAGGGCAGGCAGGGCUUUGUGGUCCCAACAUCUGGAUACUUAAGAAAAGUUUUUACUAAAUCUGGCAGUCUGAAGCUUUGGCUUCUGAGACACUUUUCUAUGUCCAGACCACUGAAGAGCUUCCUUCUCUAAGAAAUUUGUGGGAUUUGAAGGGCAGAGAUAAAAAUAAAGCCAAACUGUCAUUUUCUCCCGCUGUUUCUCAGCCUAGUAAGGAGGUAAUGAAAGGAACGGUAUGAGACGAUAGGUCACUGGGGUCAGUUACUGACCCCAGACCCACAGAGGCCUCUUUUUUGUGCCUUAGUUUCUCUUAGGAAACUAGAAAAGGAAAGGCCUUCUCAUUGUCAUUGUGUCGAUUUUGUGUGUCUUCUUGUGCAUUCAUGCAGUUGAAUGUGUUUCCACAAAAUUCACAAUAGCCACAAAGGAAAAGUUCUUAAUCAGACUGUAGUGUAGACAAAUUACCAGAGAUGGGACAAAUCACUGUGGAGUCUUUGAGUACAGUUGCAAAGCAAGGGAGACACUAUCUGUGUUGUAAUCGGUCACUGAGAAGCACAGAUGCCGCAGGGAAGAAGUUUAAAAGAAAAAUCCUAGGAGGGGACACAUGAUAAUGAAGGGGUCAGCUGAGGAUCUAAAACCAUAACGGAAAGGCAGUAAUAGACAGCUACAGAAAGGCACACUGUCUUAAUCACCAGUCAGUCAGAGUGAUAGGAAAAUGUCCAAAGCACAAGAGUGAAAUAUUUCUCUAUUCAGAAAUGUUAUCCUAAGGAUUGGUAAUUAUAGUCAGUUCAUAAUCUUUUAGAGCAUUUUCUUACAUUAGCUUAACAAGAUGUCCAUUUCAGGAAUGUGUAUGGAGAGAUGGGAUGGCUUAGUAAUGCCUGCUGUUCCAGAGGACCCUGGUUCAAUUACUAGGACCCACUUGGCAACCACAACCAUCUAUAACCUCAGUUAUAGAUGAUCUAGAGGAUCAGACAGCCUCAUCUACCUCCACAGGCCCUGCAGGAAUGUGGUGCAUAGAUAUAUAUGCAGGCACACAUACAAAUAAUUUUGUAAAAAAAAAAGAAAUCAAUUUUGACUUUGGGGGUAUGCUCUCCUGAAAUGUUGAGGCCCCUGGGUUUGAUCCCAGCACUGCAAAAGAAAGUAGAGAUAGCCUCAAUUUACUACGAUUCUGCUUUAUUUGGAGAGCUUUUAUCAAAAGCAAUGCAGACCAAGGGUGUCAGGAAUCCCUCAUGUUCCCAUCACUGGUUUGGAGGAUGCUAUUCUAAGGGAGUUUGCCAUUUCCUCGGGCUGACAAUUAUAUUUUAAGCUUGAAUAUGUAAGACUGACAGGACCACAAUCUUUAACUUCUAAUAUUUGUAAAUUAAUAAAUUUAUGGGUUUGUUCUGACCAAUAAACGUAUUUUAAAAUUAGUUUAUGGGGAUAUUGGAAAAUUUUUGACAAUGCAGUGAUUAAUUAAAAUAAUAUUUCACUUAAUUUAUAUUCACUUGUCAAUGAAAACAAAGGUUCUUUUC